AUGUCGAGUGAAUCUGUGAAAAACUUUUCGAGUCUUGAAACUCCGGGGUAUGUUGGUUUUGCAAAUUUGCCAAACCAAGUCCAUCGAAAAUCUGUGAAAAAGGGCUUUGAAUUCACACUUAUGGUAGUCGGCGAAAGUGGACUAGGAAAAUCCACAUUAGUUACCUCAUUAUUUUUGACUGAUUUAUAUCCAGAAAGACUCAUUCCAGAUGCUAUGGAAAAAAUGGAACAGACUGUUAGAUUAGAACCUUCCACUGUGGAAAUAGAAGAAAGGGGUGUCAAAUUGAGACUUACUGUUGUGGACACUCCUGGAUAUGGAGAUGCCAUCGAUAAUAGGGAUUCCUUUAAUGAAAUAAUUGGUUACAUUAACCAACAAUUUGAGAGGUUUUUGAAAGAUGAGUCCGGUCUAAAUAGGAAGAAUAUCAUGGACAACAGAGUGCACUGUUGUUUUUAUUUUAUCUCACCAUUUGGCCAUGGUUUGAAACCAUUAGAUAUAGAAUUUAUGAAAAAACUCCACAACAAGGUAAACAUAGUUCCUGUCAUCGCCAAAGCUGACGUUUUAACGAAAAAAGAAAUGCUGAAACUAAAGAAAACCGUGUUAGAUGAAAUCGCUCAAAACGGCAUAAGGAUAUACUCACUACCAGAAUGUGAUUCAGACGAAGACGAGGAAUAUAAAGAACAGGUGCGCCAACUGAAACAGGCCGUGCCUUUCGCUGUUUGCGGCGCCAAUACGGAAUUAGAGGUGAGAGGGCGCAAAGUCAAGGGACGUUUGUAUCCGUGGGGCGUCGUCGAAGUCGAAAAUCCGGAACAUUGUGAUUUUAUCAAAUUGAGAACCAUGUUGAUUACGCACAUGCAAGAUCUACAAGAAAUUACGCAACAAGUGCAUUACGAGAACUACAGAUCGGAAAGGCUGGCCAAGGAUGGUCCUGUACCUAAGAAAAAUGGAAUGGAAGAGAAAGCUGGUGGACCGCCCAACGAAAAAGAUAGAAUCUUACAAGAAAAAGAAGCAGAACUAAAGCGAAUGCAAGAAAUGAUCGUAGCGAUGCAGGCCAAAAUGCAACAAACGCAGUGA